GGGAAGGCUCUCCCCACCAAACACCUCUCGUCCAUCUCUCCUCACUCCUCCACUCAGCGAGCGGGCUUGCCGGAGCUACCCGACACCCUGUCAACGCCAAGUCGCUAAAUUGCGCGGAUCCUAAUCUUUCCCCAACUGCGUCUGACAACCAAUUCUCUUUUAUUAUUAUAUUCUGACAUUUUCUCGUCCACGUAAAAUUGACAGUGAAUUUGCAGGAAAAAGCAAGUGCCAAGUGUAUUCUGAAACAAGUCACGUUUUUCUUCUGCGAAUGACAUGGAACGGACGUCCGGAUGAGAUACAAUCUCUUACACUGAUGAACCAACUAAUGGAUGUUGCAUUUGGCUGUGUGUCUCCUUUCUCUCUGUUCUGGAGAUACAUCACAGUGCAUCCCUGAAUUCUCUUCACAACAUGAACCCGAGGUGGGGAAUACUUAGAACAAAAGAAUAAGCAUUCAGCUGACUGUCAGCUGGCCCACCCCUGACGCUUGGAGGGAAAGCAAAAUAAAUAAAAACCUAGAAAUUAUAGCAAAAAAUGCGAAAGCGAAGAGAGGAGAUGCAGCGAGACCUGUGGACUUCUCUCUUGCUAGUGUGGAUUACUUGCGUGCCGUACUCUUCCAUGGCUCCGUCGAACAAUCAAACGCAAAGUUUACAAACCGCAUCAACCGUGAUCCUCCGAAACAGGCCAAGCGAAGGACAAAGAAUCCUGAAUCGUGCCAAGAGAGGAUGGGUUUGGAAUCAAAUGUUUGUGUUGGAGGAGUUCUCUGGACCCGAUCCAAUUCUGGUUGGCAGGCUCCAUACGGAUUUGGACAUGGGGAGCAAGAACAUCAAGUAUGUGCUGGCAGGGGAAGGGGCGGGUACCAUCUUCGCCAUCAAUGAGAGGACGGGAGACAUUCACGCUAUGAAGAGGCUGGACAGGGAGGAGAAAGCAGAGUACACGCUCACGGCACAGGUCAUAGACAGAGACUCCAACGAACCUAUGGAACCGCCCUCAGAGUUCAUCAUCAAAGUGCAAGACAUCAAUGACAACCCCCCACAGUUCAUUGAAGGCCCAUACAAAGGUUCAGUGCCAGAGAUGUCCCAAGUGGGUACAUCAGUUACACGAGUAACAGCAACCGAUGCAGAUGAUCCAGUCUAUGGAAACAGUGCCAAACUGGUCUACAGUAUUCUGGAGGGCCAACCAUAUUUUUCCAUUGACCAAACCACUGCAAUUGUUAGGGUGGCUCUGGCAGGGAUGGAUCGUGAGAUGAGGGAAGAGUAUCUUAUUGUCAUUCAGGCAAAAGACAUGGGAGGCCACAUGGGUGGGUUGUCAGGAACAACUACUGUGACCAUCACUCUUACUGAUAUCAAUGAUAACCCACCAAAGUUCACAAAAGGCUCUUAUGAGUUCAAUAUUCUUGAGGAUCUCGUCAUCGAGAAGCCUGGAGGAAGAGUAAAGGCGAACGACAGAGACAUCGGGGAAAAUGCAAAAUCAACUUACAGCAUCAUAAGUGGAGACGAGCGGGCCGUGUUUGAGAUUGUCACUGAUGCUCAGACUCAGGAGGGAAUCCUCAGACUCAAGAAGCCUUUGGACUUUGAGACCAAGAAAUUCUACAACCUUACCGUGGUGGCUACCAACAUACGUGCUGAUUCGGUUACGGGUGGGCCGUACAUGGACCAGGCCACAGUGAAAGUUGUCGUUGAAGAUGCAGAUGAACCCCCGAUUUUCAGCAAGCCUGCAUAUCUCUUCGAUGUGCAUGAAAACGCCGCGAUAAACACGGUUAUAGGAUCAAUCACAGCAAGGGACCAGGAUGCCCCGCACAGCCAAGUCAGGUAUUUUAUUGACAGGCACACAGAUUUGGAGAGGCAGUUUAACAUUAAUGUUGAUGAUGGGAAGAUCACAUUAGCUAAACCUCUAGAUAGAGAGACGGAAAUGUGGCACAAUAUCACAGUGACAGCCACUGAAGUCAGAAACCACAGCCAGAUUUCCAGAGCCAUAGUGGCGAUCAAAGUGCUGGACAUAAAUGACAAUGCCCCCGAGUUUGCGACCGAGUAUGAAGCUUUCCUUUGUGAGAAUGGCAAACCUGGACUGGUGAUUCAAACCAUCAGUGCUGUGGACAAAGACAAUCCUUCCCAGGGACACACAUUCCAUUUCCGCCUGGAGACACUCAACAAUCCCAAUUUCACCAUCAAAGACAAUUUAAAUAACUCGAUCAGUGUUAUUGCCAAGCACAAUUCCUUUCGGCGGCAGAAACAGGAGACAUACCUCCUGCCCAUCGUAGUGACUGACGACGGAGAGCCUCCGAUGAGCAGCACAAACACUUUGACCAUCCGAGUGUGCGGCUGCAGCCGGGACGGGAAUGUGCAGUCGUGUAAUGUCGAGGCUUUUGUUCUACCCAUUGGUCUCAGCAUGGGAGCCCUGAUUGCUAUUCUAGCUUGCAUAAUACUUCUACUGGUUAUCGUGGUUUUAUUUGUGACAUUGAGACGACACAAGAACGAGCCUCUCAUCAUCAAAGACGACGAGGACGUGAGGGAGAACAUCAUCCGUUACGAUGACGAGGGAGGCGGAGAGGAAGACACCGAGGCCUUUGACAUCGCCACGCUGCAGAACCCAGAUGGCAUCAACGGCUAUCUUCCCAGGAAGGACAUCAAGCCCGACCUGCAGUUCAUGCCCAGGCAGGGUCAGCACUCUGGUCCGAAUGGAGUAGAUGUAGAUGAAUUCAUCAACGUACGGCUUCACGAGGCGGACAAUGACCCCACGGCACCACCGUACGACUCCAUCCAGAUCUACGGCUACGAGGGCAGGGGAUCCAUCGCGGGCUCUCUGAGUUCCCUUGAAACGGCGUCCUCGGACUCGGACCAGAACUAUGACUACCUUAGAGAGUGGGGGCCACGCUUCAGAAGACUAGGCGAGCUCUAUUCCGUGGGUGAAAGCGAUAAAGAGACUUGACCUCAAAGCCCCAUGGACCUUUUGCUUUCGUUCACUCGACUUGUGUAUUACGCUACGGGGAUUACCAGAUGUUAGACACUGCUGUUUAAAGGGGGCGGGGGGCUUUUUUAAAUUCUUAGAGAGACCCAAUAGCAUUAGUCAUCUACCACAUCAGAGUGCAUUGUAAUGUCAGAACUUAACAGCGUCUAUAGUAGGAGGUCAAUGAAUCUUGUGGAGUAUGAUUUUAGAUUACUGUCAUUGAGUGUCUAGCAGUAUUUUUGGGUAUUUGUCGUACACUGUGACCACCAGAGGCAUCAGAACCUUGAUUCUUGGUAGUCGCUUGAAAAGAAAGGAGGGAGACUUUCGGACAAGUUGUAGUCCAGCGUGGCUGCACAGAGGAGAAAAACUGCAGAGGCCUCAGAAUGACGCCACUACCCAGCGAAAACAGAUAUCUUGCAGCCAAUCAGAUAAAAGAAGAUUUCAGAAAGAAAGCAAACUAAAUAGCAAUACAUGAUCUACAUUACUAAUGAAUGUAUGUGUGGUUUAAUGAGAACAAAUCAGACUGGCUUUAGGAUCUGCCUGUUGACUUAACAUUUGACCCUUUGAUACUAUGUGGCUGGAUUUAUCGAGUUAACUGGAAAAGCCUCGUGGCUUGCUUUAUACAACCCUUUGUAUUCACUUGCUUUAAGUGUGGUUCACACUCGAAGAUUAUUAGACUGUGUGAGGCAGAGACGAGGACAAGAGAAUCGUGAAAACAAUGAGGCCUUCGUUUUACAAAAGCAAGCAUUAAAUACUGUUGUAUUCAAAUGUUUUUAGGAACAUUGAUGGUGUUUCUUCAUUAAUGUAUAUGUUUUAUAUAAAUAUAUAAAUAUUCAUCGCCAGUUGUCUGUUUUGUGCUGCAGGUAUGAGUAUAUUUGUAUUUUUUAUUUAUUUAUUUAUUUAUUUUGGUAUACUUGUUAUUUUAUGAUGAACUUUUCUAAGUUGAGGUUUUCUCUCUCCAGCUUUGUUUCAUUCUGCCGCAUCAGUCGUUGUGACGCAAAAGCUGUACUGAAUUUUCUCUAUGGAAAUUUACACAGAUUGAACACAUUUAAAACACAGCGCUCCAUCACUACACGGAACUGUGAAAAACAGAGAGGAUGUGUUUUUGACCAGGAACGAGAAGUCAAUAUUUUAUUGACACUCUGUGUGUGUAUAUAUUCACAUACUGUGUUCAUUGAAACCAGUGAUCAUUUUAAGCACAAUAGCUGGGAGCAUUUAGUUUGUGUUUAUAUUUGAGACCCUUGACAUUUUUCAAAUCCAAAACUGGUCAUAGCGAAAUCCAUUAAAGGAAUACAGAAACAGAUAUGCGUAAUGUGCUGCGCUGUAUGAUAUUAGAGCAACAAAGCAAAUCAAAACGAAAAAAAAUAAAAGAUGUACAUAGAGUCUUUGCUGAUUCUCUUAGCUUUUCUUUGGAGUGAAGGUUUGUCUAUGCACGUUAGCUAUUGCACAUGGGGAUCUAGACAGCACUAAGGCUACGUGCAUACUAUGUUUGUACUGGUGCGAUAUAUGGCAAUUCUCUUUGAAUGGAUGGUAGCCUAUAUAUAAAAUAGUAUUUCAUGCAAAUCAUAUUUUCUACUGUGCUUUAAUGCUCAUACACUUGUACGUUUAAUUAGCUACUCUCUGUAUUGUAAUCGAAGAUAUCCAUGUAUUGUUUCCUACUUUGUGAAAUAUAUUUUUAUAAAUACUUGUGGCUGUAACUUUCCUU